CAUCUCAACACCUCUGGCUUCUCAUCGUUGAACAGGCCUACUGCACUCUCUUCGCGUUGCCUUCAACGUCAAAGGGGCCUUAAUAAUCGCUGUAGACAAAGAGAAUAGUCAGAAGUUCAGCACGAUGUCCUUCGACUUUGACCCGCAGCCAGUAGGCGGCGCCGCUUCCGACCCCACCGCCGACUUCCUUGAGCGUGAGAGGCAAGCGCUCGGAGCGCUAGGAGGUGCAGAUGACCUGAUCAGUCAGGCAGGGGCGUUCAGCGGUGCUGCUUCAAAUACCGCGGACGACUUUGAAAGGAGCGCCAGUAACUUUCCGGCGCUGGAUGGCGCAGACGAUGCUUUCUCUGGGCCUGCUGCUUCGGCGCCAGCACCAGCCCAGAGUGUUGUUGGAGAUCUGUUCGGAUUCGAUGGUGAAGAGGACAAGCAGAAGUCUCAGUUCGAGAGCCAAUACCCUGCUUUCAACGACCCUGACCUCGACACGCCAGUUCCGGCAACUGAGCCAGCAGCGACUUCUAAUGGCUUCUCAUCACAGCCAUCAACGAUGAACCCACGGGCAAAUUCAAAUGGCGGUGACGAUGAUGACAGUGGCGAGGACCCAGCACCCAUCCGCGAGUGGCGCAGCAAGCAAGCAGACGAAAUUGCAGCGCGAAAUGCGCUCGCUGAACGAAAGAAGGGAGAGGCCAUCUCUCGGGCGGAGAAGGAGACUGACACCUUCUAUGAAGAAUACAACGCAAAGAAGGAGAAGACCAUUGCAAAGAACAAGGAGAAUGAAGCGGUGUUCCGGGCACAGCGAGAGAAGGACUUGGCCGAGGGCACGACAUGGCAGCGGGUUAACAAGCUUCUUGAACUGCAGAACGCCCACAGUAAGACCAUCUCCAAAGCCCCCGCUGGCGCUUCGGACGUGUCCAGGAUGAAGGAGAUUUACCUGAACCUCGCUGAGGAAGGCGAGAAUGCGCCCGGUGCUGCUGGGUACUGAUUCUGUCUCUGCACCGCAUGCAUGCGAGAGGCGCAGGCCUUGUACUUUUCGGAGCCACUGUCGUCUCAUGCGGAAAUA